UUUACAAAAAAUCCUCGUCGGCCUCUCGGUAAAAUGCUCGCAAACCUACUAACGGCUAGUGAACGAAGGGUCCUUUCCACGUCCUUUCGAUUUUUCCGUCGGUUUCAUUAUUGUGCACAGAAAUACGAACCACUAGUUCACCAGGAAAAGUUUCGAUGUUUACGGUUAACAAGAAAUUUGUCCAGCACCAGCAGCCGUAAAAGUGAAAUCGAAUCAACGCAAAAAUCCUUAUCCGCAAAUGGAGCAUCAGAACAAGACACGAAACAGCCACCGAAGAAGCUUCAGUUGCGAUCAUCGGACGUGAAACGGUUGCUGGGGUUUGCGAAAUCCGAACAGUGGAACAUUGCAGGUGGCAUUGGAUGUUUGAUAAUCUCGUCCGCAAUCACUAUGUCCGUACCAUUCGGACUAGGGAAAAUCCUGGACGUCAUCUUUGCCGGUUCCUCCGGAGCUGGUAUGGCUAAGGAACAGCUGGACCAGUUUUGUCUGCUACUCGGCGGCAUUUUCCUGCUUGGUGGACUGGCCAACUUUGGCCGUGUGUACCUAUUUAGCAAUGCCUCCCUUCGAAUAACGAAAGACAUUCGGACGAAAGUGUACAGCUCGAUGCUAAACCAGGAAGCGGGCUGGUUCGAUCGGAAAGGCACGGGCGAGCUGGUUAACAGACUGUCCUCCGAUACGUUCCUCGUUGGCAACUCUCUCAGCAUGAACCUUUCCGAUGGAUUGCGAUCAACAGCCAUGAUACUGGCCGGAACGGGCAUGAUGGUGUAUACCUCUCCUCAUCUGGCCCUCGUUGGCACAUGCAUCGUUCCGGUGGUGGCUGGUGGAGCAGUCGUUUAUGGGCGCUACGUCCGUAACAUUACCCGUGAACUAAUGGACAAGUACGCCGAGGUGAUGAAGGUAGGCGAAGAGCGACUCGGUAAUGUGAAAACGGUCAAGGUGUUUUGCAAGGAGCGCUUUGAGAAGCAGCUUUUUACCGAGCAGCUGGUGGACGCGCUCAAUAUUGGCUACCGGGAAACGAAAGCGCGAGCAUCAUUCUACGGGAUGACGGGACUAUCGGGGAACAUCAUCAUCCUUUCGGUCCUGUACUAUGGAGGCACAAUGGUAAACAACGCGGAAAUGACAAUCGGAGCGCUUACUUCAUUCAUCCUGUACGCCGGUUACACUGCCAUCUCGAUCGGAGGUCUCAGCAAUUUCUACACGGAGUUGAACAAAGGCGUGGGAUCGGCAAGUCGACUUUGGGAGAUCAUCGAUCGUAAAUACACGAUACCGAUCGACGGAGGAAUCGAGCUUACCAACCAACCUGCGGGACAAAUACAGUUCCGUGACGUAGUGUUCCAUUACCCUUCACGGCCAGAUGCGGCCAUUCUGAGCGGAGUAAACCUGACGAUAGAACCGGGAACAACCACUGCCGUCGUGGGACGCAGUGGUUCAGGAAAGUCGACUCUCGCCUCACUUGUCCUACGAUUAUAUGAUCCAGCCCAGGGUUCGGUUCUGCUCGAUGGUAUCGACUUACGUGAACUGAAUCCAACCUCAUUGCGGCGUUAUAUCGGUGCAGUCAAUCAGGAACCGAUACUGUUCAGUGGCACGAUACGGGAAAACAUUCUGUACGGUCUCAACAUGGGCGAACAAAUAUCCGAGAGCCGGUUCGAGCGCGUGGUCCGUGAAGCGCACGUGGACGAAUUUGUGCGUAGCUUUCCGGAUGGACUGAACACACUGGUCGGACAGCGUGGCGUAAUGCUUAGCGGGGGUCAGAAGCAGCGAGUAGCUAUUGCACGAGCCAUUAUACGGAACCCCAAAAUCCUCAUCCUAGACGAAGCGACGAGCGCACUGGACGCGGUAUCAGAAGAGCUGAUACAGAACGCUUUAGAGCGGUUAACGAAGAACCGUACCGUGCUGACGAUAGCGCACCGUUUGAGCACUAUCCGCAAUGCGACCAACAUAGCGGUGCUAGCCGACGGUCGGAUAGUGGAACAUGGCAAUUACGAUCGGUUGAUCGCGACCGAGGGCGGUGUGUUCCGGGAACUGGUGCAACGACAAACCUUCAGCUCCACCGCCGUUAGCUAGGGGAUAAGCUAGCUUGUUUAGUAUUUUUUUCGAAUUGCCUUCAUCCUGCGCGACAGAUCUCUCAUUCUGUUGGAGUGUUUUGUUUUUCGUUUUCUGUUUCUCAUUUUACAAGAUUCCAUUCUUAUGUUAUUCUUUUGUCUCUGAUAUGUAAAACUACGGAGAAUAAAGACUUUAGAUUAAUAGGUGGUUGAAGUGAAGGAA